ACGCUACCUGCUUCAGAGUGUGCCGCUACUUUUCCUUCUGCAACUUGAAGUUUUCGUUUUCGGUUCACUUUCGGUUUGGAAGAUAAACGAUCGAAUAAUCGUGUUUCUCCUGGAUUCGGAUAGCUAACAAGCUUUCUCCUUUCAUCGUCUUCGCUGCUCAAUCAGUAAUGUCACAGCCCCGAGUCUUCAUCUCCUUGGGGCGGACGGGUCAGGUGGUGGAGAGAGGCCGAACAGCAUCAAACUCUAGAGAAGCACGUUGUGAUGGUGGGCCACGGUCUGGAAGCAAACGAUCUAAAGGGGAUGGAUUAAGAGUUUAUCCUCAUGGCUCGUUUGUCUCGACCAAGAGGCCGCGAGGUUAUGGCACAUAUCGGGGUGCUCAUGACAACAGAGUUAAUGAAACGGGGCUGACUUCUGACGACCUCAGAUUGAAACUACUGCGUCGAAGGUCAAAGCGAAUUCAAUGUAAUUUAGAAGAGCGCCAAAAGAUAGGCCACAUGAAUCAAAAUCCAGUCAAAUCUGGCCUACCGUCACCAAGUAAUGGCAGGUUCCAGCCCAAGCCUGAGGCAAGAGAACGCUUCCAUCCAAGGCAAAUAUCCUACACAAAAAAUGGUCAUCCCGUACAUCAGGGGGAUUCAAUGCAGAAACUUGGCACUUCUAGGAUUUUAGAUGAAGCUGGAGCUCGAUCUUCAGAUAUUCUGUUAGACUCUUCUAGAACUGUGGCAACUUUGGCAAAUUUUGAUGGCCGGCAACAGUUUUCAUCCACAAGUACAACUGAUGUUUUAACAUCUAAAUCUUUUCCCAGGAAUGGUGUUUUCUAUGCCUCAAUGCCAAUUGGCUUCACACCCACUACGUUCAAAGGCCCUGUUGAGAAUGGCGAAGCAGCUAGACAGCCUGCACCAAGGAGUGGCAUUGGAGAGAAAAACUCACGAGUGGGUGAAGUGCCUCUUACUGUUUCUGGUCUCUUGCGUUCACUUGGAUUGGAAAAAUAUGAGAUUGCUUUUCGUGCUGAAGAAGUAGAUAUGACAGUAUUGAAGCAAAUGGGAGACAAGGACCUCAAAGACCUGGGGAUACCAAUGGGACCGAGGAAGAAGAUUCUUCUGUCUCUGUGGCCCCAUUCAAAACAGCAACCUCCAAGAGUUCGCAACUUGAAGUAGCUGCGAGAUAGAAGAGACUGCAGAGCAUCAUCCUAUAUAGAGAACUGCCUAAAGCAUUGUUUGCCUACAUUGAGUGUAAAUAAUUUUAAAGUAUUGCCAUAAUGUGUUGUGAGAAAACGUAUUUCUCUUUAAAACUUACUAUAUGUAAUCAUUAUGUUUAGAAUCAGAGUUUAUUACGGAGCA